GGCGGAAGUCGGUUGGUUAUAGUCUUAUCUGUUUCGAGCCCGUCACGAGGCCUUGUUUCAAGUCGAGAAGGCGCCGGCUACGUCGAAUUCUAGUCACAAAUGGUCCAACAACGAGCGAAAGCCGCAAACACGAGGGGAAUGGCGGGGAUAUGGCAUAAAGGACAAGAAAAUUGGGCUGACGCUGCGAAGUCGGAAAAAGACAAUUCGCCGCAUCGGACAGUCGCGGAGAUAACAUCCGCUUAUGUCAUCUAUGCACAUAUUUAUGCAGGGCACAAAAAACAGGAAGGUUGCCAAAGAUCCAACUUUUGGUAUCCUUAUUCAAAAAACAUAUUUGAGAAAUCCUAGACUAAUGUAGCACAGCUUUUGGAAGCUGUCAAUGUAAGAAUGCUCCAGAGCCACUCAAUCCGUCGCUCAUGGGAAUCA